AUGUAUUCCACCCUCUCUCCCGUAAUCAAGGCAUCGCAGGCAGAACGGGUUAUACACACUUUACGCGACAGAAUAUUCUCUUGGUUUAGAGUAACCGGAAAAUACCACUUCGUUUCCGCGCUUCCAGAGAUUGUUCGUGACUACAAAAACACCAAACACAGGACUUUGGGCAUCAGCCCGUUCGAAGUCACGCCCGAAAACGAACUGGGGCUGUUCAAUAAGAUAAAUGGGAAGCCCGUCGUGCCCUCCGUGAAAAAGAAGCUCAAAGUGGGGGAUAAAGUGGGGGAUAAAGAGAGGGCCCUACUACACAGAAAAUGUUUUCAUAAGAGCUCGGAAGGGAGUUGGUCGCCUCAGAUUUUCUCCGUCUCCCGUCUGAGAGACACCUCGCCUCCCGUCGUGCACCUGGAAGAUUAUUGGGGUAAGGAAGUGGACGGAUCUUUCUACCCAGAGGAGGUACUUGUCGUAAUCCCGGACGCCAAUCAGCCUUGGUCAGUAACGAGAGUGCUGAGAAGGAAGAAAGUGAACGGUAAGAGCUUCUCCUUCGUUCGCUGGUUCGGUUGCAACAAAGAACAUGACAGUUGGGUUCCGAGCAGCGACGUGGUCAAGAUUGGGAAAUGA